AGAAAACAUUCACUGCGGGGAAUGGCUUUUAGUACGAGGAUAUUUCUGUAAUUAUGUUUGUAUCGUGCUCAUUGAUUAAUUUCCUUGUUUUCAAUAAGCCUAUGUGAUCAUUUUUUUCAAUUACAUCUGACAUGCAAAAGGUUCACCGCAACCUAAAUACCUGAUGAGUCUAUGUCUGCUCCAAAACAUUAAUUAAUGCAACAAUUAAUACAUGUAUGUGAAGUUGAUGACAGCCAGAAAAAGAAACUUGAAAACGUGAAAAAAUAACUUUCUUUGUCAAAGGGAACAUUAUCAACAUUUUUUUCCAACAAUUCAAACAAUGCAUCACUGCACUGUGUAGAACACAGCAUGUGGGAAGAUCUUAGUAUUUACUGAUGCUGCUUUCACUCCACUUCCCAGGUCAUUAUAGAUCUCCCAGGCAUAUGCAGUCCUCCUGCAGUAUGCCACAUAAUGCCCGAGAGAAUCCUGGCUCCAGACUGGAGGGAAAUUCAAGCAAGGCAACUUCCUUGCAACUGCUACCAAGACGGACACUGGGAAGGAUUUUCAAUUGGCCUGAGGCAGAGAGAGUCAGGAAGGCUGAGUCCCUCUUCAGCAGCAGUCUGAAGAGAAGCCAUGCCACAGGUCUGCAGGACAGCAACGUUUGGACAAACAAUGGAGAUGUGGCAUUGUGCAUCAAUUUGGAGAGCACCAGAGGUCAGGAGGACAGGUUUGAAUAUUUCCCCCAGCAGUUCUGCCCUCUAGCAAAUCCGCAUGUUUCCCUCAAUGAAGGAAAGAUGACGAGCAACAAACCGGUCCACACGAAUGGGGUGGCCAAAUUUGGCAGGUGGCUUGGCUCAGGGUCUCCGAAGUCCAUCGAUUUAUUUGCCUGUGAUGCUCGCCAUACAUGUGGUUCCAUCCUGCCCUCACAAAGUUCCUUGGCUACCUGCACACGCAACUGUCCAGAUAGAAACCGCUUUGAGCUACCAGUGUGUCGGGAGUCAUCACUGUUCUUAAUGAAACAGUUCAAUAUUAUUGGACUGUUAAUUUCUGGCUCUCCGCUACAAUUAAUGUUGAGAAGGCCAUGACACUCCUUGCAGUAUCCUCUGAUUUCGAUAUAAUUAUUUGAGACCAAUGGAUAGACCUUGGCUCUUUUAAAAACAAAUGUGCAAGGAAUUUUGACUGUUUUCCAGAUUUGUUCAUUUAUGAUGUGGGUCCAGGUGCCAGGCUUCAAAAUUGUAUAUUCUCUUUUUCGGGUUCGACAGUUCUUAUCUUUGUAUUCAGCCUUUUCCAGAAUAAAUUCCAUCCACUUGUCAAAAGGAAUAUGAAGCUGAAAGGACCGUUCAGGUCCUGAUUCCGAGCUUGCUUCACUGCUAGUUUCAGGAUCAGUUUCAUCAUGACUGAAUCCCAGAGCUGACCAGAUAUUGCGUCUGUCUGUUUUUACAAAGGUGUACAGAGCCUUUGCAGACAUCUUCUUUUCCAACUGGUCACUCAGAUCUGUCCAUACAGUAGCGCUUGGAGUGGCUACGUUACCAUUUUCAAGUAUGGCCUCUUUUGAUGAGCAGAGAACUGCAACAAUUAAAUCAUUGUCUACUGCUGGUUGUUUGGGCAUCUAGUUGAAGGACAAAUAUAAAUAUAAUCAGGAUUCAUUGCUUGAAUAAAUAAAAUUACACAUGCGUGAUCAUUAUAAUGGCUAUGCAUGGACGGAAAAAUGAUGCAAAGGGAAAAAUAUUUUGACAUCAAAAUGUAUCAAGCAUGCUUUCUUUAGAAAUUUAGUUUUCUUGGUCAGUGCAAAUUACACACGUAUAAUAAGACAAUGUUAGCCAACUAGCUAUUCAGACUACCUAGGGUGUUUUUAAUUCUAUAUUGUAGGAACUCCGUUUUUUUUUUUUUACACAUUUUACUUACAUUGGUCGAUGGUCACUUCCCAGAAAAAGACGCUUUCUGUCACUCACUGUUAUUAAAUCUUCGGAGAUAGUUGUGCAUUUGUCGCUU